AUGUCGCUGAAGUUUAUCCUGCUCAGCUCUUUGAGCAUCCUCUCCUUUGUAUGCGCCAGCCCUGUACACGCAGCUGGCGCGGUCACGUCACGCUCAACAAUACGACCACGUCAGCUUCGGCCCUACUACAAGAGUGCCCACCGCCGUAGUAAUGAGACGGAAGCUGUUGCGUCGAUCGGCGCCAGCAUCACCGUAGACGAGACCGCGGUCGACAUUGCCAAGGCCGGUGACUACCCUCGCUUCCUGCGGCUAUCCGACGGCAGCAUCCUCGCCGCGACCUCGCGAACGGAAAACGGCACGCAGAUGAUAGCCAUCACGAAGAGCACCAACAACGGCACGAGCUUCUCGGAGUUUGGCACAGUCGCAAAGGGAGGAGACGACAUGAGCAACGCCGUCCUGCUCCAAUUGGACUCUGGCAAGAUCCUGUGCGCGUACCGCAACCACGACAAGAACGCCGCCGGCGACUACACGUACUACCGCAUCACCGUGUCCUCAAGCGACAACGGCGGCGCGACGUGGGACUUCCUGUCGCAGGCGGCGGAGCAAGCGGCCACCGCAACGAAGAACGGUCUCUGGGAGCCCUUCAUGCGCCUCGGCGCCAAGGGCGACGUCCAGGUCACGUACUCGGGCGAGCUGGCGGCCGACAACCAGGAGACGUUCCGCGUGACGUCGACGACGGACGGCAAGGACUGGACGUCGCCGACAAACCUGCACCUGCACAGCACAUCGGACAACUGGCGCGACGGGAUGCAGUCGAUCCUGCCGUUCAAGGACUCCAACGGGACGGACGCGCUCGUCAUGGUGCUCGAGUCGCUCCAGACGGACCAUUUCCUCAUCGACAGCGUGGUCUCCGCCGGCUCGCCGCAGGUCGCCAAGAUCGGAGACGACAUCGCUGUCAUCUUCGGCACCGACAAGGACAGCGGCAGCCACUCCGGCGAGUGGCAGUUCGCGGCCGCUUCCGUCAUGAUCUUCUCGGAGGGACUGGCCACGGGCAAGCUGUCUUGGUCGAAGGAGCUCAUCACCAUCGGCGAGACGCCUAGCUUCUGGCCCGGGGUGCUGGAAAUGGGGAGUGACAGCGUGCUGGCUGCAUGCGGUCGUGAUGGUGUACCGCAGGGAAAGAUGGUCUACCACACGACGGGCUGA